AUGACCGUCUUGAACGAGACAAUGCGAGCCGUUGUUUGGCAGGGGCAACCAUUCAAUAUUUCUGUCCUUGAUGUACCGAAGCCAACCAUCUUGAACCCUACCGAUGUCAUUGUUCGGAUGUCAAGGGCAGCUAUCUGUGGAUCUGACUUGCACAUUUAUCGUGGCACAAUGGAAGGACAGGUCCUGCCCGUCGGCGUGGGUCACGAAGGAGUUGGAUAUGUAUCUGAGGUUGGGUCACUCGUAGGGUCUCUAAAUAUCGGGGAUCCCGUUAUCGUGCCCUUUACGAGCCCUGAUGGCCAUUUCGAUACUUCUCUCACUCCUAUCCCGUACGCGGCGUUCGGUAACGGAGGGACCCUGGGUGGAACACAAGCGGAAUAUCUGAGGGUUCCCUUUGCCGACGAGGGCCUAAUUCCUAUUCCUAACGUAAACUAUACUGACCCGGCCACUAAUGAGACUGUUUCCCUACUCAAUGACUAUGUAAUGUUAUCUGACAUUUUCGCGACUGGCUGGACCGCUCUUGAUUUUGCCGACAUGCAACCAGGCGACACAGUAGCCGUCUUUGGAGCCGGACCCGUUGGACUGAUGGCUGCAUAUUCGGCAGUACUGCGUGGCGCAUCACGCGUUUACAGCAUUGACUAUGUGUCAGAGCGUUUACGGCUUGCUGAGUCGAUUGGAGCAAUCCCAAUCAACUUUCGAGAUACAGACCCAGUCGACCAAAUCAUGGCCUUGGAACCGAAUGGCGUUGCUCGAAGUCUCGACUGCGUGGGCUUCGAACAGGUCAAUCGAAACCUGACCGUGCAGUCGGAUGUCAUCAUCCAGAACAUCAACACUGCAAGUCAACCUCGGGCUUCCACCAUCCAUACUCACUUUAAUCUUUCCCUGGCGGACUUUUGGAGCAGGGGAUUCCACUGGGGGGCCGGCAUCUCCAGGCCUUUGGACCUUGCACCGCAACUCCUGCAGCUGGUCGCAUCGGGCAAGGCCCGGCCGGGGUUCAUCGUUAGCGAUGUUAUAGACAUCGAAGACGCACCGGCAGCCUACGCGAGGUUCAAUAACCACAGCGCUACAAAGGUUGUUAUUAACUUCGAUCAUUGA